AUCAAAACACGAACUCAUUCAAGCCGUCCAAAUAUGGCAAAUCUCAAAAUGAUAUUCACUUGUUCAUCAUUCCUAGCCUUAACAUUCCUUUUGACGGCUGUUUCCGGCCAUUAUUCUCAUGAAUAUUGGUGCCGUCAAACCCCCUAUCCACACGAGUGCGAAUACUAUUUGAGGGAUUAUCCACCUAUUAACAAUCAAUCACAUUUCCUCAAGGCUACUUUGGAAGUUGCCCUAAACAACGCCAAGCGAGCUAGGGCCCACGCAACCUUUUUAGGCUCAAAAUGCGGCAACGAGCGUGAAAAGGCUGCAUGGGCGGAUUGCUUGGAGUUAUACGAGGAUAUGGUCGAGAGGAUCGACACAAUCGUAAAUCCUCGUGCCAAGUGUAGUGCAUCUGAUGCACAGACUUGGCUCAGCGCAGCCUUGACCAACCUCGACACGUGUUUGACCGGUUUCACAGACCUAAACGUCACGGACAACAUAUUGCCCGUGUUGAAGUCAAACAAUGUGUCAUGUUUGAUUUGUAACACUUUGGCCCUUAACGAGAAUUACACUACUACCGAUGAUACUGCCACUUAUAGAAAUGGUUUCCCGGCUUGGAUCAAGCCGGGAGAUCGGAAGCUAUUGCAAUCGUCAUCCCCGGCCUCACAAGCCAAUAUUGUGGUGGCUGCAGAUGGGUCCGGGAACUAUAAGACGGUUACCGAAGCUAUAGCGGCAGCGGGGAAAAGAUCCAGCAGUCGGAGAUUCGUUAUACAUGUGAAAGCCGGAUUGUAUAAUGAAAACGUGGUAAUUGGGAGCAAAGUAACCAACAUCAUGCUACUCGGUGAUGGAAUUGGAAAAACAAUUAUCACCGGAAGCAAAAGUGUAGGAGGCGGCACAACUACCUUCAACUCGGCCACCGUUGCUGUUGCUGGAGAUGGAUUCAUUGGUCGAGGAAUAACUUUUAGAAACACCGCCGGAGCUGCGAACCACCAGGCGGUUGCCCUAAGGUCCGGGUCGGAUCUCUCGGUGUUCUACCAGUGCAGCUUCGAAGGGUACCAAGACACUCUCUACGUUUACUCUGACCGACAGUUCUACCGGAAUUGCGACAUUUACGGGACGGUAGACUUCAUCUUCGGUAACGCCGCCGUCGUCAUCCAGAACUGCAACAUCUAUGCCCGAAACCCUCCUGCCGGGACCAACACGAUCACCGCCCAGGGCCGGACCGACCCGAACCAGAACACCGGAAUAUCCAUCCAUGACAGCACAGUCGCGGCAGCUUCGGGCCUGUCUGGAUCUGCGAAGACAUACCUUGGACGGCCGUGGAAGCAAUACUCUCGGACCGUGUUCAUGAAGACCUCCCUUGGCAGCUUGAUUGCCCCGGCGGGGUGGUUGCCGUGGGACGGGACGUUUGCUCUGAGCACUCUCUACUACGGCGAGUAUGCCAAUAUUGGGCCGGGGGCGUCGACGAGCAACCGCGUGAAAUGGGGCGGAUAUCACGUGAUCACUUCCGCAACUGAGGCUUCCAAGUUCACCGUCGGAAACUUCAUCGCCGGUGGCUCGUGGUUACCCUCCACCAACGUGCCGUUCACUUCUGGCCUCUAAAAAAGCUUUAGAUGCAUGAACUUUCAUGCACGUACCGUUAAGAUCAGAAGGACGCGUAUAUAUUACUGCUAUUCUCGAUCACUUUGUGCAUUUCUUUCUAUUGUUUGGUUUUGGCAUUGUUGUCAUUUAUCCAUUUUU